AUGUCUCUACCACAAACGCCCUUGGAGGAGAUCAUGUUUUUUCUGGGAGCGUCACUGAUAUCUCGUCCUUUGUUCCAGCUGCUGCAGGAACACUUCUUCACUUUUGUGAGCAACGAGUUGAAAAAUAUGAAGAAAGCCUUGGAUCUGGAUCCCUCAGAAUACUUUCGGAGUCUGAGUGAAGGCGAUGAUGAAGAACGGAUGAGAGGCAAAAGAGAGCCGUUUCUGAAGCUUACACUCCAUUUUCUGAGGGAACUGAAUGAGGACGGGCUGGCUGACCGUCUGCAGAGCCACACUGAGGCUGUCAUUUGUCAACGUAAACUUAAAGCGAGGCUGAGGGAGAACUGCCAACAUCUGUUUGAGGGCAUUGCGAAAACAGGAAGUCAAACAGCUUUCAGUGAGAUCUACACCGAGCAAGACAUCACCGAGGCGAAGGACGAGGAUCCCAACCAGUUUCCCGAGUUUGAUCAUAUUGAGGCAGUUUUCAGGAAAACCGUCAGGCCACAGAAGAAGAUCCAGCAGUGUGAUCUGUUCAAACCUGACGGACACAAGGCCAUCAGAACAGUGCUGACCAGAGGCGUGGCUGGCAUCGGGAAAACCAUCCUCACACAGAAGUUCACUCUGGAUUGGGCCGAAGACAAGCUCAACGAAGACAUCCACUUCACAUUUCCAUUCAACUUCAGAGAGCUGAACGUGCUGAAAGAGAAGCGCUUCAGCCUGGUGGAGCUGCUUCUCCACUUCUUCCCCGUAACUACAGAAGGAAUCUGCCGAUUGGAAGACUUCCGGGUUCUGUUCAUCCUGAACGGUCUGGACGAGUGUCGACUCCCUCUGGACUUCCACGGUAACGAGGUCCAGACGGACCCUCAAGUGUCCACCUCUCUUCUUCUGACGAACCUGAUCUGGGGAAAGCUGCUUCCUUCUGCACUCAUCUGGAUCACCACCCGGCCUGCGGCAGCCAAUCACAUCCCUGCUGGGUGUGUCCACAGGGUGACGGAGGUUCAAGGCUUCAGCGACCCUCAGAAGGAGGAGUACUUCAGAAAGAGGUUCAAAGAGCCCAAGCAGGCCAGCAGGAUCAUCUCCCACAUCCAGAUGUCUCGGACCUUUCACAUCCUGUGCCACAUCCCGGCUUUCUGCUGGAUCACUGCCGCCGUUCUGGAGAAAGUCCUGCGGAGUGGGGACGAAGGAGAGCUGCCCAGGACCUUGACUGAGAUGUUCAUCCACAUCUUGGUGAUGCAGACGGAACUGAAGAAGGUCAAGUAUGACGGAGGAGCCGAAACAGACUCACCCUGGACUACGCAGACUACCGCGAUGAUCACCUCUCUGGGGAAACUGGCUUUUGACCAGCUGCAAAAAGGCAACCUGAUCUUCUACGAGUCGGACCUGAAGGAGUGUGGCAUCGAUAUCAGGGCCGCCUCAGUCUACUCCGGACUCUUUACACAGAUCUUUAAAGAGCAGAAAGGGGUGGGCCACAUUCAGGUCUUUACCUUCCUCCACCUGAGCUUCCAGGAGUUCCUUGCUGCUCUUUAUGCCCAUGUGACCUUCACCAACCAUGGAGUGAACAUACUGAAGGGACAAACUUCAAGUCCCACCAAGACCUGUGAGACAAAGAGAGAUGUGACUGCUCAGAUCCAGUUCUACCAGGACACUGUGGACGAGGUCUUGAAGGCCCCACAUGGACGCCUGGACUUGUUCCUCCGGUUCCUUCUGGGUCUUUCAAUGAAAUCAAAUCAGAUCCAUCUCCAAGGCCUGCUGCCACAGACAGCAAGUCCACUGGCCAGACAGGAGACCGUCCAGCACAUCAAGAGCAAGAUGACUGCAGAUCUGCCAGCGGAGAGGAGCACUUUUCUGUUCCACUGUCUGAACGAGCUGAACGAUCGCUCCCUGGAGGACCAGGUCCAAGGGUACCUGAGUGCAGGACGCCUUGCCACCGACACUCUUUCCCAUGCUCAGUGGUCAGCUCUGGUCUUCAUCCUGCUGUCGUCAGAGGAAAACCUGGAGCGGUUUGACCUGAAACAGUAUGGCGCCUCAGAGGAGGCCUUCCGGAGUUUACUGCCCAUCGUCAGAACCUGUAAUGAAGCUCUGCUGAGUGGCUGUAACCUGUCCCAGGAAAGCUGUGGACUUCUGUCCAACAUCAUCAGCUCUCAGUCCUGCAGUCUGAAGGAGCUGGACCUGAGUAACAACGACCUGAGGGACUCGGGAGUCCAGCUGCUCUCUGAAGGACUGAAGGGACCACUCUGUGAACUGGAAGCUCUCAGACUGUCAGGCUGUCUGAUCACAGAGAAAGGCUGCCGGGAUCUGGCCUCGGCUCUGACCUCCACCCAGACCCGUCUGAAAGAGCUGGACCUGAGCUACAAUGACCUGGGAGAGGCGGGGACCGGAGCUCCAUCGGUGGAGCCUGGUGGAGCCCGCUGGAUGACCCCAGGUCUGAAGAAGUACUGGUGUGACCUGGAACUGGACUGCAACACGGUCCACAGAUGGAUCAAGCUGUCCGAAGACCGCAGGACGGCCUGGCACGUGGGGGAGGACCAGCGGUACCCCCAUCACUCAGACAGGUUUGACUGCCACCCUCAGCUGCUGUGCAGGAACCAGCUGACGGCCCGCUCGUACUGGGAGGUGGACUGGAAAGGAAAGCUUCAUGUGUCCGUCAGCUACGGAGGAAUCCCCCGGAAGGGGAGCACUUCCCAGGGGGUCUUAGGAAAGACCAGUCAGUCCUGGAGUCUGAAGUGCUCCGAGCAAGGCGGGUUCUCUUUCUGCCACAAUCAGAAAACAACACCCAUCUCCUCCACCUCCUCCACCCCCUCAGCCUCCAACAGAGUGGCUGUGUACGUGGACCGUCCUGCUGGGACGCUGUCCUUCUACAGAGUGUCCUCGGGGAGGCCGAUCCACCUCUACACUGUCUCCACUGAGUUCACAGAGCCUCUGUAUGCCGGCUUCAGGUUUGGACUUGAGUCCGGCUCGGAGUCCUCCAUGUCUUUGUGCUCACUGCAGCUGGAAUGA